UGAAACGAUGUAAGUCUUGCAGGAAUCAACCUUCGGAUUUCGGAGGGAAAGCAAAGCAGAGAGGGAGAGAGAAGAGGAUACGAAAGUUUCUUGGUAAAAGAAACAUUCAGAGCCAUACGUGUGGGCAGCACCAUUAAACGUGCAUUUAGAGACUCGGAGGCAGAACCAGAGCACCGUCUGGAGCAAAAACAAACCAAAGCUCCAUUAUCAGCAACCAAACAAGCUCAAUUUGCAUUUUCGCAAUCCUAUCUGCAAAAAUGGAGGAAAGCGUCCUACUUUUCCACUGAAAAAUUUCCACUCUUUUAAUCAGAAAAUGGACAGGCACAUACGGGAAUUCCUAAACAGGCUCUCGUAUGCCACCAUAACCAUCGCCACAUUGAUUCUUAUCGUACUCUUCCUCCAAACCCCUGAAACCUGCGUCCCGCACGGUUCCCCAGCCAAACCCCACCUCAGAUUCCCCAGAUCCUCCUGCGACUCCUCUCCUCGUGAGCUUCUCACCAUCGAGAAGAAGAACAAGCGCUUGUGGUCCACCAAGUCCUGGCGUAACAAAGUCGAAUCCUACAUCACCUUUUUCAAGGAGUUUCAGGAUCUGGGUCUCCUCCAUAACCACUCGAAAGUGCUCUGCGUUUCCGUCGGUGCCGGACACGAGGUCAUGGGUCUUUCCCAGAUGGGAGUCGGCGAUGUUACCGGCACCGAAAUGGUCGAUUCGCCGCCGCUGGUGAGUAGGGCCGAUCCUCAUAACUUGCCGUUUUUCGAUCAUGUGUUUGAUUUGGCGUUUACUGCCCACUUCGCCGAGGCGUUGUUUCCUUCCCGAUUUGUUUCGGAGAUGGAGAGGACGGUUCGGCCUGGUGGGGUUUGUGUGCUUAUUGUGGAGGAAUGUGGGGAUGAAGAAGUUAGGGAAAUUGCGGGUUUGUUUGGGAGGUCGCGCUUUGUCAGUGCGAUGAAUGUUACAUUGACUGGAUUGAGAAUGACAAGGAUUAUUAUGAAAACCAAAAUUUCAACUUGAUAUUUGGUGAUUUAUUCUUUUAUUGUGUUUUUACGUUUGUGAAUUUGAAAUUUGGAUGAUGUAAAUUCUUUGAGUUGCUCAUAAGGAUUAACAAUGAAAAUGAUUAAGCUGGCAUUAUAUGGAAUCGAAUUUGAAUUAGCAGACCAGUGAAUUGGUUGGAAAGUGAGUGCCAGAACAUUAAAUUGCUGAUUAAUGGGAGCUGAGUGGUGCAUUGAUUUUUCUCCAUGGCCGCUCAGAAUGUGAUUAGUCCUUAUUUGUUCCAAAGCUCCAGUCAUGGCAAUUAUAACCUUUCUCACAAGCACAUUGCUAGCUCUUCAAUUCUCUUUAUUGGGUUUUCAGAUAUGGGAUGCUAUAGUUUGACAGAAAAUAUUACUUCAGUUCCAAUACAAUAUUACCAAAGGAACCACCUCUCACAAUACAAUCAGCCAGAUUUUUGUAGGAAAAUUUCUCCAUCCAUCCCAAAAUAUUUGAACAUUGUGUAUUAUAUCAAUAUAGAACAAGUUUUUUGUUUUAAGCUAUAUCAAUAAAUGGAACAAGUUUGUUGAA